UAUUUGUGGAUGACAGGAAGGCCUUUGUCGUAAAAGCUGAUAGCAAGAUAUGGCUCACUUUCCUUCUGGCUGCUUUUGCAGGAGUCCUACAUUGGUGUCACAUAACAACUCUUUUUGAAAACGACCGUCAUUUUUCUCACCUCUCAACGCUAGAAAGAGAAAUGGCUUUUCGCACGGAAAUGGGUCUUUAUUAUUCCUACUUCAAGAUCAUUAUUGAGGCACCAUCGUUUUGGAAUGGAGUAUGGGCAAUUAUGAAUGACAGACUUACUGAGUAUCCUUUAGUGAUAAACACCUUACAAAGGUUCAAUCUUUACCCAGAGGUGGUCCUCGCCAGCUGGUACCGCAUCUAUACUGCCAUUAUGGAUUUCCUUGGUGUACCCACAAAGAUGUGUUGGACUGUAAACAGAGGAAAAGGCCUUAGUCCUGUUGAAAGCUGUGAGGGGUUGGGAGACCCUGCUUCCUUUUAUGUUGCUAUGAUUUUUCUUCUGAAUGGAUUAAUGAUGUCCCUGUUCUUCAUAUACAGUACAUACCUCAGUGGGAGCCGUCUAGGAGGCCUUGUUACUGUGGCUUGUUUCUUUUUCAACCAUGGAGAGUGCACUCGUGUCAUGUGGACUCCACCUCUUCGUGAAAGUUUCUCAUACCCAUUCCUUGUGCUUCAGAUGUUGCUCUUGACCUAUAUCCUCAGGAUUCCGAAUGUUAAUACAGGAAGCUUGAUUGCACUGUGUGUUUCUAAUAUCUUUUUCAUGCUUCCCUGGCAGUUUGCUCAGUUUGUUCUCCUAACACAGAUAGCUUCAUUAUUUGCUGUGUGUAUUAUGGGUUAUAUUGACUCCUGCAAAUUACAGAAGAUACUCGCUGCUCACAUGGUAGCUCUUGUAGUGUGUUUUAUUCUGAUGUUUGGUAAUUCAAUGUUAUUGACAUCAUAUUAUGCUGCAUCUUUAGUAGUUAUCUGGGGAAUUCUUGAAUUGAGUCCAAAAGUCUUGAAAAGCAGCAGAAGAGAAGUCUAUGUAUGGGUUAUUGAAGGAUGUGCAUGGCUAUUUGGGACAGUCACCUUGAAAUCCCUAACUUCUUUAGUGUUUGGAAUAGCUGACGAU